ACACAGGAGACGCUGCGUGGCAGGUUACGAAUGCGGCGCUGUGAGUUGAGGAGCUAACAUUGAACCGUUACGGGACGUGUGUUAGGGGUACAAGAGGGCUGAGUGUGCCGGGGGCUCUGCGGCCCGUGGAGGGAUGCUGCGGCUCUGCACGCUAGGUUUGGAUUUGUGGCCGAUGGGCAGCGAGUAGCACUGGAUGCCAACCGAGCAGCUUUCAAAGCACGGCAGCAGCUGGGAUGUUGCGUCAGAACGGAGGAAGUAACAAGCGUGGUUUGGGAUUUUCCCGGUUCUCUACCUCAAACUUCUUCACCAUUUCCAGUACCAGUAGUUGGGGAAUGGGGCGAAGCUCCAAAAGCAACUCGCUGAGCAGCAUCAGCACCAAUUCGGAUUGCAACGACGGCUCCAUCGUGGAUCCAGAGUACAUCAUGCAGCUGGUCAACGACGUCCGGAAGUUUGCAGACAUUCUCCUGUACCUGAAAGAAGCCCUUGUAUCCCCAGAGAAUCAGGACUGUUUACAUCAAGUGGUCCACGAGCGGCUGGGGGAACUUCUACGCGUUCUCAAAGCCGUGAUAAGCAAGCACCAAACCCUGAAUUCUGUGGAUAUUCUUGGUGCUGCCGGGACAGUGAUUGCUAAAGUAAAAGCUGUGAACUUCAAGAACAUUAAUGAGGAAAACAGGAGGGAACAUUUCAGUGAAAUCUUUUCAUCCAUUGACACUUUAGCCUUCACCUUCGGUAACGUUGUUUCAGACUUCCUUAUGGGAGAUGUAGACAAUGGGUCUUCGCUGGGGCUCCAUACAUCACGUCGAAGUCGAUCCUCUGAAAACCUGUCUGUGGAUGAUUCAGCGGGGUCAGUUCACGAGCGAGAUGAGCUACAAGGUAACCUUCGGGCUGAAGAGGUGGACAACAUGCUUCUGCAGAGCGACAGCGGAGUUGAAUCUGCUUUAUCGUAUGCCAAAGCUUGGUCAAAAUAUGCCAAGGAUAUACUGGCCUGGGUAGAGAAAAGGCUUAGUGUGGAAGCAGAAGCUGCCAGGAACCUUGUGAAAAUGGCAGAGACUGCAAAAUCAAUAAUUGGUCCCCAGGACUUUAUGCCAUUCCACUCAAUCUUCACAGCAGCUUUCCAAAAUGACAUUGAAUGCAGCCAAGUUUGUCUUCAAACGAUAGCUGCUCUUCAGAGCAACAAAUUCAUUCAGCCCCUUCAGGCAAGGAGAUCAGAGCUUGACCGGCAAAGGAAAGAAUUGAAAGAGCUUUGGCAGAGAGAACAGAAGAAAAUGCAAGAGUUGGAGGCUGCGUUACGGAAAGCAAAGUUAUUGAACAUCCAAAGGCAAGACGAGCACGAAAAAGCCAAGUGCAGCACAAUCCGUGCAGAGGAGGAACAGCUUAGUAUGAGUGGAGGCCUCCUGAAAGAUGGCAGCAAGCAGGUAGAAAAGAGGAGACGUCUAGAGGAAGAAGCGUUACAAAAGGCUGAAGAGGCAAAAGAACAUUAUAAAGCAUGUGUAGCAGACGUUGAAGAGAAAAGGAGCGAUAUGGAGAGCUUCAAGAGUGAAAUGUUAACACAGAUUCGAGAACUAGUUUUCCAGUGUGACCUUACCCUAAAAGCUGCCACUGUCAACCUGUUCCAGUUGCAACAUGCCCAAGUUGUGUCUGUCCCAGUGAAUUGCCAGACUCUCUGUGAGAAUGCUAAGCUUUAUGAACCGGGGCACCAGUACUCAGAAUUUGUAAAGCGCUUACCCAAAGAUAAUAGUCACAUGGAGGCAGGAUCUUCUGAAGCGUCAAGUACUCAGAUUGGAGGGGCCAAAGAACAAGGAGAUGGAAACCUGUGUCAAGGAUCGACAGACUUCAACAUGCAGCCUUCUGAAGACAUUGGCAGCCCUUUCUAUGGCCGUUCAAACAAGAUAGGGCAGAAGAGGUCCAGCAGUAGCACAGAUAUUCAAGCCAUAAGAGGUCCUCCCCCGUUUAGAUCAUGGUCUGUAGGCAAUCAGAGUGGAGGCAUGUGCAGUGAUUCGGAAAGUGCCGGGGGCAGUAGUGAGUCACGUUCCAUGGAUUCUCCAUCUGCAAGCCCAGGUGACUUUAAGAGACGUCUUCCCAGGACCCCAUCAACAGGCACUAUGUCAUCAGCAGAUGAUCUAGAUGAAAGGGAACCUCCGUCCCCAUCAGAUAAUGGUUUAAAUGACCUUGUUUCAGAGAUAGCCAGUUCCCCUGGGCCCUUCAGAAAUACCAUCAUGUCCAAAGCGGCUCAAACACACAAACUCCGGAAAUUAAGGGCCCCAUCCAAAUGCAGAGAGUGUGAUAGUUUGGUUGUGUUUCAUGGAGCAGAGUGUGAGGAGUGUUCCCUCGCUUGCCACAAAAAGUGUCUAGAAACACUAGCCAUUCAAUGUGGACACAAAAAGCUUCAUGGAAGACUUCAUCUGUUUGGAGUGGAAUUCACUCAGGCUGCUAAGAACACCCCUGAUGGCAUUCCAUUUAUCAUCAAGAAGUGUACAUCUGAAAUAGAAAGCAGGGCGCUAACCAUAAAGGGCAUCUAUAGAGUAAACGGAGCAAAGUCUAGAGUUGAAAAACUGUGCCAAGCUUUUGAAAAUGGAAAAGACUUGGUGGAGCUGUCAGACCUCUAUGCACAUGACAUAAGCAAUGUCCUCAAACUAUACCUGCGUCAGCUUCCUGAGCCCUUGAUUUUGUUUCGACUCUACAAUGAAUUGAUUGGGUUGGCGAAAGAAAGUCAACGUGUCAGCGAGGAAGUUGAUGCAAAAGCUAGUAGUCCGUCCUUAAAGAGACAACCAUCAGGUGUCGAGCUGAACAGAGUCGUUCUUAAAAUAAGAGACCUACUGAGACAGCUUCCUUUGCCCAACUAUAAAACACUGCAGUAUUUAAUAGGACAUCUUCACAGAGUCACAGAUGAAGUGGAAGAAAACAAAAUGUCAGCAAGCAACCUUGGAAUAAUAUUUGGACCAACAUUGAUUAGACCAAGACAGACGGAUGCAACUAUUUCCUUGUCCUCUCUAGUGGAUUACCCGUAUCAGGCUCGAAUGGUGGAACUCCUCAUAACGUUCUAUGAUAAGAUCUUUGAUGUCUGUCCGGACAUGUUUAGCACUGAUGAAAUCUCUUCUGAGAACGCUCUUUUAUCAGAAGAGCGAGAACCACAACAAAUUAGGAAGUCACAGUCACUGCCAGUUGGGAAUGAAAGUGUUGCCGUCUCCAAGCGAGCAAGCUCACUGGAUGAAACAUCUUUACUGUUCAGCGGAACAGAAGAGAGGAAGCAUAUAACCACAGACAUUUUGGAAGAAAAUGGCAAACAUCUGAAAAUCCAUCUUACAGAGCAUAGUACAAGCCUGUUUGAAGACCAUUUACAAGAGUCUUCAUCGGAGACAGCGAGCCCGGUGUCCAUGUUACAGGGUUCUUCUUAUGAUGAUCCAGAUUGUGCUAUGGAUACAAUUGCAGAGAAUGAAGUUGAAAACACUAAAAGGAGCACCGAAGACCUUUCUAAAACAAACACUUCUGUACCUGUAAAAUCCUAUCGGCAAAUAACCAAAGUUCAGUUAAGAGCUCCCAGGGUCAAGUCAGGUGUCCGCCCCGUGAGUUUACCUGUGGAUAGACUUCUUCCUCCCUCUCUACUCAAUGAGAAAAAUUCCAGAAAUGUGGGUGUUGCCGUUUCAGACAAACUCUGCAAAAAUCCCAUCAUUGAAGAAGUUUCCGAGACUAAAACUUUCUCUGUAAAUUCAUGUCACAGACUCUCUUGUUACGAGUCCCAGGGUAAUCGUAAAGCAUGGGAUAAGCAGUACAAGCAAUAUGACAUUACCCCAAGGACUGCGAUGAUCAUGACCAACGUGCCGCAGGAGAUCCGAGCACAUGAAGGAGCAGGUUCGACCAUCUCACCAAAUAAUACAUCUGCAAAUGCCACACUCCAAAAAAUACCUUCUUCAAGCAAUGUGAAAUCCAGUGUGACAGCAAGUGAUGGGAUUUCCGCAGACUCCAAUCCACUUGCCGUUUUAAGGGCACCCAGAACUUUGCAGCCCCCACCAGGAACUUUUUACAAACCUCCAUCGUAUAAGACGAAGCCAAAUGAAGAGACUGCCCAGAGCAACAUGGUAUCUGUUACCACGAAUAAAGCGUACAGUCAAGUUAACAAUAACAAUGUGAACUUAGUUACAAACGCAGACCUUGUUUCAGAUGUCAAUGGACAAAACAAAAAUCUAACAAAACCUCUUUCUGAGGAACCCCAGCCAACAGAUAUAAAGCCAACAUAUCAGAGACUCAGGCCAAAGCGCAUGCAGGAACUCGAGCACAGAGAGGCCCACUUUGUGUAGAGACGGGAUACCUCCACGGUGUCUGGCCGAGUCACUGGAAAAGCCCCCUUGGCCGGGGGGGGGGCAUAUUUUAUGUGCCAUUCUGGAAUUCCUCUUAUGUAAACAUUUUAACUGGAAAGAAAAAACACUGAAGAAAUGUUUUGAAAUUUCAGUUCUGUUUUUAAAUUCCUGUGUAUGCAUUCUUCUAAAUAGAAGCAGUUUAUAAGGUGCACUUAGUGACAUGUGAUAUAUAAAAAAAUGCUUAUUUAUAAUAAACAGUAUUCAUGUACGGGACAAUGGAACAAAUGCUUUUUGGAGUGUAAAUGUUAAUUUCUUAAGACCACAGCAUAGCAUUUAGACUUUGCUGAAUGAAUGCAUGUUACCGGUGCAAUUAAUACAUUGCUUUUGUGUUGAGGAUGCUAAAGCCUCUACUGCAUAUUUUGUGUAUCAUAACUGUAUAUUUUAUACCUGUUUUCAUCUAUUGCCAUUUUUAUGUGUUGUCACUUUAAUGUUAUUUUUUUUUACAGAGAUGAUGCACUUAAUUAAGAUU